AUGGUCCAUCAAAGAAAAAUACAAAUAAGAGUCCCCUCUACUUCUGCAAAUAUAGGACCAGGCUUUGAUUUGUCAAAUUCCAAUAAAGAUAUAACAUUAACUUAUAGUGGAGAAGGUAGUUCACACGUACCAUUAUCCAUUCACCAAAAUUUAAUCACAAAAACGGCAUUAUACGUAUUAGCUUCAAAUAAUAUCGACGGGUUCCCAUCACCAAUGACCAUACAUGUUAAUAACGAAAUUCCUUUCGGUAGAGGUUUAGGUAGUAGCGGAGCAGCAGUUGUUGCUGGUGUAAUGCUAGGGAACAUAACAGGAGAUCUUGGGUUGAACAAAGAUAGGUUAUUGGAUUACUGUUUAAUGAUUGAAAGACAUCCUGAUAAUGUUGCCGCAGCCUUGAUGGGUGGAUUUGUUGCCUCUUAUUUACGUGAAUUGGAUCCUAAAGAUUUCGAAGCCCCUGUUAUUCCUCAUUCUGAAACUCUGGAACGUGAAACCCCCGCUGAUAAGACAAUGGAUGUGGAUGGACGAGAAUUAACACCAACAGUACCUAAUGGAAUAGGACAUUACAUUAAAUUAAAUUGGGCUAGAGAGAUUAAAGCCAUCACUAUCGUUCCUCAAUUUGAAGUCGCUACGGCUACCGCUAGACAUGUGCUACCACUCACCUAUGAUAGACAGGAUGUGGUAUUUAAUUUACAACGAUUAGCCGUUUUGACAACUGCGUUAUCACAGUCACCACCAGAUGCUGAUUUGAUAUUUCAUGCCAUGCAAGAUAAAAUACAUCAACCCUACCGUAGACAUUUGAUUCCGGGAUUACCAGAAAUUUUAUCAAGUGUAAAACCGACAUCUCAUCCGGGAUUAUUAGGAAUAUGUUUAAGCGGAGCGGGACCAACAAUUUUAGCUUUAGCAAUCAAUAAUUUUGAUAAGAUUUCCGAUACAAUAACAAAAUCUUAG